CGUCACGUAAGACCAUGCGCAUCAGGGGUUCAUGAGGGGGUCGUGGGCUCGAGUUUUUAGGCCCGAAUGAUUUAAAGAAAAUGAAAAAUGGGUUUUAAUCGACGAACCGGGCCUUACGCUUGAACCCGUAAGAGGCGAGUUCAUGCCACGCGUCGGGCGCUGAGUGGCUUCUCCUUUCCGCGUUGACGACGAGGUCGAAAGGGUUUCCGCGUAACGCGAUUCAUUUGUCUCCUCUCUGAAAAACCUAGGGUUUCUUUCCGCGGAGGCGACACACCGUGCGACGGCGAAUUCUGGAGGUUUUCUCCAUCAAAUCGACUCUGUAAUCUCUUCUCGACGCUCUUAGGUCAGUAUUACUUAGAUUCACAGUGAGUUAGCGUCGAUUGAAUGUUCGAAAGGGAUUUGCGAUUUGUAUGAUUUAAAAUCGAUUUGGGGUUUUUUUUUUAGGGUUCUUAAUCGAUAUGGUAGUUCGAUUGAGGGUUGAAUUGGUUCGAUUUUGUGGUGGAAACUCGAAACCGUUUUCUCGGAUUUCAAUUAAAAAUUGGGGCUUUCGCGUUAGGGAUGUAAAUCGAAGUCUCUGUUUCGAAUAAUAGCUGUAAAUCGUCAUGGUCGUUUCAUGUAGGGUUCGUUUCUCUGAAUGUUCGAAAGGGAUUUGCGAUUUGUGAUUAAAAUCGAUUUGGGGGGUUUUUUUUAGGGUUCUUAAUCGAUAUGGGAGUUCAAUUGUGGUAAUGUGUGCUAAUAAUCUGUCGUUAAUGUGUGCUAAUAAUUGCGAUUGAGGGUUCACGGUUUGUUUAAAACUCGAUUGUUGCAGAUGGAAACUCCCCGAGAACCUCAUUUCUUCAAGCCUCUUCUUCCUGGUUUUCACAGUGGCGUGGCAAUACCACUUGACUUCUACUCAAAACACAUACAAGGGGCUGAGAUCAAUAAACCAUGGAAGCUAAGAUCGGACGCUUCGGAUCAAAUUUGGGAGGUGAUCCGAGAAGGCAGGACACUCACCAAAGGUUGGAAAGAGUUCACCGAAGCACAUGAUCUUCGAAUCGGUGACAUUGUCAUCUUCAAACACGAAGGAGACAUGGUCUUUCAUGUGACACCUUUUGGUCCUAGCUGUUGUGACAUUCAGUAUACACAUCCUCACAUCGUUAAGGAAGAAGCCGACGCGGAUGAUGCUCCUACUUUCUCAUACGACUACUGUUUCUUGGCUGAGGUUACUGCUACAAAUCAAAAGGACGACAAAAUGUUUCUUCCUGUGGAAGCUAUGAGGUGUGGUGCUUUGAACCAACAAUGCAAAGAGGUCAAACUUGUCAACAAGGAGGGAAAGUCAUGGACUGCGCGCUUCGGAUUUAGCGAAUCAGACGGCGCAUAUUACAUCAGCAGAGGGUGGAGAAAGUUCUGUCGUGAUAACAGAUGCACCAACGGAGAUUUGUUUGUGUUCAACGUGGUUGGAGACGGGACGACAACUCCAUUACUGUGUGUAUGUCCGGAAAGGAAGGAGUGUACUGAACUACUGAUCAAGCACUUCAGCAGAAUCGAUGGUAGCAUUGCUUCUACCUCACGAAAUUAGAUGGCUCUUUUGCGGUCUUUCCUCUCUAUCAUCUGAACUUGUUUCUUUUUGUUUCAUUAGCAACUUAUCAACUUAUGUAUUUCGGUUUGUAAAACUUGAAUGGUUUUUCUAUGUGAACUUUUAUGCUAAGUUAAACAUUCUCGAACUUAAUUGCUUUGUUGAAUGCGUAGACUGAUCAUCGAACAAAAUGUUUCUAUGAAUUGAAUUUAAGUUAAGAAACAACAUAAAAUGUUUUCAUAAAUUUUAUAAUAUAUUUUAAUAUUGUAUUCAUGUAUUCUGAAUAAUUUUAAAUUUUUUUAAAAAAUUAAAAAAUAUUAUUAUUUUAUUCCUAUGAACUCCUUCUUCGGGUUCACUAAUGCAGAAAACAACAAAUUCGGGUUCAUA